ACUUAACAAUCGACAUGUGACACUGAGUGGUUUUAUCAGUAAAAAGUGUCAAUAAAUACAAGGAAAGUGUAUUCACGAGAAUGAAGUAUUCAAUUUAUUUUACUCUUUUCGCAGUUCUUGGAUAUGCUUUUGCAAUCCGAACGUACUACUUGAAUCAACGAUGUGGAACCACCUUGAAUUUUCCUUACUAUUCUCUUGACGCCAUACGCCUGAAAUUGACGUCAACGAUCAAUUACAGCCCCAAUAAGGACUGUUAUAUGACUGUUAAUACCACAUCACUCAAACAGUUCAUGCUUUAUUUCAAGAGCAUUGCAAUAGGGUCGACUACCAGCUGUACCCGAGACUGGCUUGAGGUCUUUGACGGCCCAAACGUCAGGUCACGUUAUGUUGAUGGACUGUUGAACAGACAAUGCGGCUUCUCAAUUAGUUCCCAGGUUUUCAAAACUUCCGGGAACGCCCUCACUCUCAGUUUCCAUAGCGGCAGUUCCAUCCAAUACAGUGUCUUUGACAUGGUCAUCACAUCCUACCAUACUGGCUACUGCUAUUCCGAUGAGCAUGCCUGUGACAACGGGCGGUGUAUCUCGGACAAGCUAAUGUGUAACGGUUACAACCCUUGCGGGGAUUACUCGGACUGCCCUCUGGCGGGAGGGGUCAUUGCUGGAAUCGUCGUUGGCUGCUUCUUUUUCUGCGUCUUCGCCACUGUUUUCAUCAUCAUUUGUCGGCGCAGACGACACAGAUAUCACCGAGGACCAACUCACGUACAAGUCGUUGCCAACACGACUCCGGGGUAUGGAACUCCCGGGCAGGGCUACAACCAGCCCGUCCCCCAACAAUACGGUGCCGUGCCCUACCCCCAGGGGCAGCAACCAUCGACCUACCAGUGAAGGCAAAAACAGACAGUGCCAUACCACCGGACACUGCACUGCUAAAUAUUAACUGUACAAGCUUAGUCAUUACAUACCAUUCAUCUGUUUCCUGCAGCAAAGUAACUGUAUUUCUGGUGCAAUAAUGUUUUUAUUUCUUUUUUUGCUAUUUUGACGUACAGUGUAGUGUUACAAAUGUUCUAUAUUACGAAAACCAAUGCUCUCAUUCAUAACCAAAUAAAUAAAAGUUUAAAUAACCA